AUGCCGGUUAACGAUACAAAAUGGGUCAAAUUUGGCAAUAUAAGUAACAUUAUAUUUUUGGGAAAAGAUGUUAUUGCACUAUCAUCUGGUUAUCAUAUAUUGUUCAUAAAUUUGAAUACUAAAUAUGAAAAAAUUGAAAAAUUUGAUAACAAAGAACGGGGUGAUGGCAUUUCUUGUUUAUCUGGACAUCCGAUGGUACCAAUGUUUGCAACUGCUGAAAGAUGUUCGAAUCCGAAGAUAACAAUAUUUACAUACCCGUCGAUUGAAAAAAUAUCAACGUGUUUAUACAAAAAACACGGACAGAGGAACCAUUGUCUUUCGAUUAUUUUCGCGGGUACUGACUAUUUAAUAUCUUUGAAUUCGUAUUCGUGUUUUCAAUUGAUCGUCUGGCUGUGGAGAACUGGAGAAAAUUUGAAAAUUAUUGACACGGAUAUUAAUGAUGUCCAUCAACAAAUUACAUGCUCAACGACCUUACCACUAUUAUUUUCACAAAUGGGUGACACGGGAAUACUAAAAAUAUACGAGAUGAAUGUCUGUUCAAAGAUGAUAUUGCUGACAUCGUCAACAAUCGAUUCGACUUUGAAUCCUUCUGAAAAAAUAGCAUCGUCCUCAUGGACUUUCGAAGGUAAUUUAUUAAUAUCCGAUUAUUUGGGCAGUAUAUAUUUUGUCCAAAGUGACGGCAAGCGUCGGUACCAAGUUGUUGAAUCAAAAUUAACCAAAAGACCUACAUGGAAGCCUUUGAUUGCCGAUUUCCGCUGUGGAGUAGCAGUCGUCAAUUCCCAGUCUAAGAUCAGUUUUUAUAGAAAACCAGCAGAGCGCGCCAAGCAAUCGAAUCUAUGGAACUUAAUUUGGGAUUUGGAAACGCAAUCGCACCCUUUAUAUAUGAUACGCAAUCCACAGCGUGAUAGUCUUUUAUUUCACACCGAAACCGGGGACAUUUUUGAAAUAAGUGUCGGAGAUGAUGAUGUACCGCGAAUGCAAAUGGUCUGCCAUCAAGGCUCCGGGUAUUUAUUUUUAAUGGCCAUCAAUUCUAAUGGACGAAAUUGCGCUGCUCUUGACGGUUUUAAUCGUCUCGUUAUUAUUGAAAGUGAAACUGGAAAUUUAACCGCGACAAUGAAUCUAGACUCGCAUGGAAAAGUUCUCGAUGCGAUUGCGCACCCGUUCUUACCAUUAAUUAUUACAACAACUUUAAGAGGUUUGUGCAACAUUAUAAGCGUUAUCGAUCUACAGAAACCGGCCAUCGUAAAAACGUUAUAUUUAAUGAGAGCGCCGUUAGAUAAAAUUAAAUUUUCAUGGGAUGCUAGAGUACUUGGUGUCGCUAAUAAAAAUAAUGGGCAAUUAUUUUUUAUUAAUAAUUUUGAUACACUUGAGAUACAAGUUUGGUCAUCACUGAAAAUUAAAUAUGAGAUCGUAGACUUCCUAAUUUAUAAAUAUGACAAUAAAAAUUUAAAAUUAAUGAUAUUAAUUAAAGAACACAGAGAAAUAAACAUCGGAAAAAAUUUGGUCAUUUAUAAUGUUACAAAAAAUAAUUCAAAUUUUGAAACAGUUGAGAAAAUUGCCGAAAUAAUUGAACUUCCGUUUCUAUUGAAAAAUAUACAUCACGGUCCGCGUAUCAAUGACAUUAUAACGAGCCCUUAUUUAAGCAAACAAGUGGUUAAUAUUAAAAUCGAGGAUAAUUUAAAAUCAAUGAGACUGACGGACUGUGUCAACUCGUCACAUCAAUUGAGAGACGUUAAUAUUAACGCGGAUUCAUCAAUUUUCUUGACAUAUGGAUGCGAUGGGAUUUUAGUAAUGCGUAACAAAGUGGAUAUUCAUCAAUUAAUGGGCAUGGUUUUGACGCACCAUCGGCAUGAGGGAGGUAUUAUAUAUGCGGCUGUAUGUUUGUCCAGUAAUAUUAUUAUUUGUUUGGGAAAAAAUGGGAACAUUGUUGCUGUCAAAAUUAGUCAAAUGACAGCAGUAACUCAAUUAGAUGUAAGUGAGCGUGAUAUUAAUUUCCCGAAUUCAGUGAAAAUCAUUUCCGAAAGUACGAAAUCUGAAGUAAGUGACGAAAUAAAUUUACCAUGGCUCGAAUGUCGGGAAAUAGAGAAACUAAACAAUGAGAAGGAAGCUUGUGUAUCAAAGCGCACGGAACUGUUAUCCGAUAUAAAUAACAUAAAAUUGAACCUCAAGAAACUGCUGGAUGAAAAUGAAAAAGUAAGUGAGGAUAAAAAAUUGGGCAUUGAAAUUUUCGAUUUUAAUACCGAAGCGCGUUAUGAAAAAAUCCGGCUGAAUAAAUUAGAGCAAGAGGAGCUAGAGAAGAUUAUUGAAGAAAAAGUGUCGUCGCAGCUUAAAGUGAGUGAGUGGCUCUGUAAAAUGUGCUGGGAUUCAAUGCUCGUUCCAGCCUGCUCCUUGAUUUCUUUAGAUGGAAAAAUUCAAGUUGAUAAUUUCGCGAUACCCGCAGUUUCUUAUCAUGAAAUUAAACGUCGAAAUUGGAAUAAAUUUUUUAUUGAUAUUACAACUUCUAUGACGAGAAUCGAUGAUAUGGAGUCACAUAAAUUAGUAAAUAUCAAGUAUAAUAAAGAAAAUAAUAAUAAUAAUAAUAAUAAUGAAUUAUUUUCAAUGACUGGAACGACAUCGCAUCGUUGGAUAAAUUUGUCUAAUGACUCAGAAAAUAAUUAUAAUCAAAUUUAUCGCAAUGGAAGUUAUGAAGAAGGAAAGCGAAUAAAUAUUUUAAUUAAAAUACGUGAAGAAAAAUUGAAGCUGCACUUCAACGAGUUGUUCGACAAAAUGGUCGAUCUAAAGUCGCGAGAAAUGAAAACGGCUAUAGAGCGGAUCUCGAGAAUGGAUCACUGUUGGUCUGAAUUAAAAAAAAUGUUUAAUGUCGAGCACUCAAAUGAUUACACGUGGUUACACCUCGAAUUACUUGAUUGCGAGAAACCUUACACAGUCAUCAAGGUUGAGGACAAGGAAGUUCAUGAGUUAAUAACUUAUUAUUCAGCGGACGUAUCUCAUGAAAGCUCAGAUGAUUUACUGCCGUCUGAUGAUCCUCAAGUGUCUUUAUUUCGGGAAGCAGCUUUGCUAAAUAUGAUGGACGGCGUUCUCGAAAUUAGGUGGGAAGAUGAAAUAAAAAAAGAUAUAAAAAAACCUGAAUGUUUAUUAUCAAAAAAUCCUUCCGAAUAUUCAGAACAAGAUUUGGUGAUUUUGAAAAAAUAUGAAACGGAUGUAGAAAAUUUGAACAAAGAGAGACUGAAGUACAAAAAAAUUUUACAAGACGAAAUCACUCAGUUGCAAGAUCUACUGAGAAAAAACGUCGAUGCCUUUGACCGAAAUCUAGAAAAUUUUUUUCUGCAGCGCAUAAAAAUCGAAUCCGCGGUUCUGCAGGAAAAUCUAAUGAAAGAGCGCGAGUUGCUGCGUCACCAAUUGCGAUUGCGGGGCAUCAAAGAGUUAAGUGACCUGGAAAAUGAACUCCAAGAAGCUUCUAAAGAUUUGAAAAAACUGACCGACGAUCUGACGCAGCUAGAAUUUACACUCAAUGAAACGAAACUGCGGUAUGAAAAUUUGGGUAAGCGGGAAAAAUUACUCGAGUGCAAAUUCCGAGGGGAGUUUCCCGAUUUGAAGCAACCGAUGGUCGAACAUUUGUUGCGGCACUACAAGAAACGGCCUCGAAACGGCCAAUUGCUUUGCACUUCGAUAACAUAUUUGACGGAAUUGUCAAAAUGUAUUUUGACUGGAGAUCAAUCCGAAAUUUUACCGCGUAAUUGUUUCGAUUAUUUUAAAGGCAUUAACAGUCUCGAUAUUAUGCCGACUAAUUUGCCCAGUCAAAUUGAUAGCAACCAUUGGUUUAUACUUUGCAAAUUGCGGAGGACUAAAGUAGAAAUUGAAAUUAGGCUCAAAAGUUGCGCAGUCGAACUGGCAGAAGCCGAACAAACGCUGAGUAACCACCAGAAAAUAAUGGCGGGAACACAAAACCGCGUGCAGAUGUUGAGAGAUAUGAUGGAGAGUGUGAGGAAAAAAAAUGAAGACGUUAUGAGGGACAUGGAGGUACAAUUGGUCCUGCGAAUGGGACAAAUAGAGACCAAUUUAUGUGGGCAUCCGAGGGAAUUUAAAAACACGGUGCUCGUUUCAUUUGAUGAGGUACUUAAAGUUAAUGCGGCGAUCGUUGAGGCUGGUCGAAAAAAAAUAGCAGCCAUGAACCAAACUAUUAUUUUUCGUAAAACUAUUAAUUGGAGGGAGUGGUGUCACAGUUGCUUGAAGAUGACGCAUCGUGAGAUGGAGGAAGAGCUUAAAGUCCUUCAGGAUGUUAAGGUCACGAAAGAAAUACAAAAGUAUCUGAUGGGUAAUUUGCAUAUUCUUGGGUCAGAGAAGGACAUGGAUACUUGGGAGAGAAGCGUCACGUCUACCAAGAAGCAUUUCACCAGAAUAAUAUCGGAUGAAAAAACAAAGCUGAUCGAAAUUUCGCGCAAACUAAACGACUGGCAGAAGCUUAACGAUUCUGUCACCGAUCAGAUCGACAAAUUAAAAUCAACCGGUUGUAAACUAGCAAUCAGCUGCAACGAAGAGACCCGAGUCAAAGACACAAAGUAUCGACGGGUCAGAUUGAAAGCGAUUAUGAAAAAAAACCGCUUGGUUUCGAAAAUAAAAAAUAAUUAUGAUGAAUUAUUGAUACUGAGAUCUCAACUAGAAUUACUUCGAUUAAAGACUUAUCCAACAUUAAAGUUGAGGAAAAAGUAGUUACUAGUUGUUUACAAUCUAUUAGUGAUAAA